GCUGUGUUGGUCGGGCCCGCGGAAAUGGGCGAUCAUAAUCUUCUUAAUCCCGGUUUUGUGGGACCUCUAGUGAACAUCCACACGGGAGACGCCUUCUACUUUCCCAAUUUCAGAGCAUCGGCUGGAGGGCAACUGUCCGGGCUGCCGUCUCUCUCAUACCCGAGAAGGGACAAUGUCUGCUCGCUACCUUGGGCUUCCUCCGAGCCCUGCAAUGGAUAUGCCCAGUCUUACCUCGGCAGCCCAAUGUCCAUUAACCCUUCCUUCAACCGAGCCUGCGAUUUAGCCAGACCGGAGGAUGGCAAGUGCUAUUACAACAGCGGUAACGUCAGCAGGGAAGCUUGCUCGGAGAACGGCACCCUCAAGCGAGAGGACCGGCUCAGGGACAACUCCAUAGCGCCCGACCAUGCAGGGCUACAUAACGGCGUGAGCGGGUUCUCCAAGUACGAUUACCCGGGAGUCGAGGCUCUGACCCAGGACCCCCCUUCAUGCCAGUCCCUGGAAUCCGAUUCGAACUCGUCUCUGCUCAACGAGGGCGUCAAAAACUCAACCACAGAACCUCCGACCCGGGCUUCCACGAACACCCACGCAAUGUCCACGAGUGGGGGAGCGCCCUGGUACCCGAUGCAAACCCGCACCCGAAAGAAGCGAAAGCCGUACUCCAAGCUCCAGUUAGCGGAACUGGAGGGCGAGUUCGUGCAGAACGAGUUUAUAACCCGCCAGAGGAGACGGGAGCUGUCCGACCGGCUGAACCUCAGCGACCAGCAGGUGAAGAUCUGGUUUCAGAACCGGAGAAUGAAGAAGAAGAGACUGCUAAUGAGAGAGCAAGCUUUGUCUUAUUUUUAAAAACUUAAAAAAAAAAAACAACUAACCAGCGAGCUGGGCUAGUUGCAGUGUACUGUGAGAUAACUGAAGUAUACCGACGUGAUUUUUGUAUUAUUAUUUUUAAAGCAUGUAUUUACCCUUAUGUAAAAAAAAACACAAUACCAGCAUAAAUGAAUGAUUGUGAAGGAAAUUCAUUAAGAAAAAAACAUUGCAAUACAGGAAAGAAAACUAAUUGACGAGUAUUCAUCCAAUUCCAUCCUUUACAAGUAUCCGUUUAAAAACAUUGAGUUUUCAUCUGUAAUAGUUUGUAUUAUUAUUACAGUAAUAUUUACCGUGAAUGAACCAAGAAUGCAUUGAAAUUGUGUAGGAAUAACACACGCUGGGUCGCUGCAUCAAUAAACACACACACACACACACACACACACACACACACACACACACACGAAGAACACUCAUUUGAAUUAGAGCGCUUAUGGAGGCUAUAGCUUUUAAGACGAGGAUGUUUCAACACUAAGCCAAUGCUGGAAGCGUAACUCAAUGCGAAUUUGAGAGCCUGCAUUGAAGUGUGAUAUUUAACAACCACAACCCACAAAAAACCCCAAAUAAACUCACUGUAUAUAGCCUAUAUAAAAUGUGUUUAAAUAAAUUCUUCGCAUGGGUGAGCGACCCCCAGUAUUAAUAGUUACAUGACGCAUUCCCGGGCCAGCUUGCCUGCCACUGUGGGCAAAGCGUCCCCGUUUAAAAGAAUUACACAACAACAAGGUCCAUUUGGGGAUUGUCAUUUUUAAAGACAUGUUUUAAUGAUGCUGUAGCCCCCUCUCUCUACCCCUUUAUACAAUGACUAAACUGCACGAUAACUGCAGAAAACGCUUGAUAUAUUUCAGAAAUGCAAGAUAAAUAUUAAAAAAAACAGUAAUAAUAAUAAUAAAAAUAAUAAUAAUAAUAAUAAUAAUAAUAAUGUCUAUUUACGCCCCAGUGUUCUUUUCGGACUUAAAAUAUGAGAAAAGGCGAACCGAAGAACGUUAGCAAAAAAUAAAAAACUAACAUGACAUCAAUUCAGACAUGAGAACGGGUUAUUGAAUCCGUUCUGUUUUAAGAUAUUCUGCAUUCAGAUAUAUAACACACACCCCCCCACCAGAGGCGAUUGGAAAGUAAUAAUCUUGACUUGGUAUCUGUUCCUCAAGGUAACAUCUACACAACACUCCAUCAUUUCCCAAAACACUUUCAUGCCCUUUUGAAAAGGCAGUCUCGAAAACUAUUUAAAAAAAAGAGAGAUACCUGCGGCAUUGUACAUUAUCCUUGAAGAAACAACGGCCGCUCUGUAUAGAUCUAUUAUAAAUCACGAUUAAGGAUUCCAAAUGUAACGCAUCACGUUAUCGAAGCCCGAAUAAUUCUAUUUCAAAUGCCCGAUACUGCACCCGUGCGGUAAGCGCGUACGUUGCUGGGUUCACAAGAAUGGUUCUCUUAUCGAACUCCGAACCAAAUAAGGGUUCCAAGGAGAAUCUAGAACGCGCGCUGGAACUCCGUGUUCUAAGACUGCUUGCUUUGUCAUGGGGAUGGGACACCACGUGCUUUAUUUUACCCUCCUUCUGCGUCCACGGUCAUGGCCACAGAACCGUGUCAACCGACCCCAGGUUCAUUUAUAAAGAAAUAGCGGCCAUCUCGCUAAACCGCUGUCGAGUUAGACGCGUUCCUAUCUAGUCAUUGCGAAGUUCACGUUCCUUAUUUUCAAGUCAUUGAUAAGCUGUGCUUUCAGUCGAAGAUUGCUAAAACUUCUGAGCUGCUAAAACUCCUGCACCGAAAGGAAAAAACUAUUACAUUUAAAACCGAACAAUACUGUGUUUCAUAUACUAGAAAUGUAUUCCAUUGGCAGAUAAAAUGCUGUUUUUUGUUUUAUUGUUUUGUACUAAACAGUGUAUUUGUUUGUUUGAAGAAUCUUUUUUUUUCUUUGUUUAAUUGCAUUCCUUCUUUAGAAGAUAUUACCUUAAUUGUAUGAAAAUAAGACACUAAAGAAUCGACAGUAAAACGCUGAAGGACAACGCUAUUGAAAAGCUCGGUUGGUUCUGUCUAGAGAUAUACCUCCCCCCCUCCCCAAUCACACAUACAGUAUUUGUAAAAUUGUGAUUUAUAUCUUGUGACGUAAUAUAUGCAAAAAUCUCUUUACAAAUUGCAUUAUAACACUUUGUAACAGAGAUGGCGCUUCUCUUCAGUGUCCCUGCUUCAGUGUUUCCUGGCUUCAAGUCUUUUCGAUCCAUUGAAAUGCAUCGUUUGUUAUAUUGUCCUUGUGUGGUGAAGUUUACACUGGUAGCUAAUUGUGUAAGUUCGAUGAAUAGAAUCCAUGUUCUAUGUGCGCUGUAUAU